AUGCAGGUCUACACUGAGCUCACCCCGCCCACCGCCGUCUCCAAUGCCGUCAGCCUGGCAUUCCUCGGCCCCAAAGCCCACAACCUCGUCGUUGCGAAGACGUCGCUGCUUCAAGUCUUCGAGCUGAAGUCCAUCGUCACCGAGGUCAGCCAAGCUGCCAAAGAUGGCCCCGCUACCGCUGUCGCCGCCGAUGACCCCUCCGAGCCCGCCGAUCUAUUCGUCCAGCGAACCGAACACACAUCCAAGCUUGUGCUCGUCGCCGAGUAUCCGCUGCAGGGAACUGUCCUCUCGCUUGCCCGCAUCAAGGCCCUCGACACCAAGUCUGGCGGCGAUGCUCUUCUCAUUGCUUUUCGAGACGCCAAGAUGAGCUUGGUCGAGUGGGAUCCGGUGAACCAUGCUUUGUCGACCAUCUCCAUUCACUUUUACGAGGGCGAAGAGCUGCAAGGUGCCCCAUGGGACGCCGACCUGGGACAGUAUCACAACUUUUUGGUUGCCGAUCCGAGCAGCAGGUGCGCCGCUCUAAAGUUUGGCGCACGCCACCUGGCCAUUCUGCCUUUCCGCCAGCUUGGCGAUGACCUGGUCGAGGGGGAUGACUACGACCCGGAUUUAGAUGAGCCCCCUGCUGCUAAAGAAAAGGCGACAAAUGGUGAUGUGCCUCAGACCCCAUACAAGUCUUCCUUCGCCCUAUCGUUGCCGCAGAUCGACCCUACCCUGACGCACCCUGUUCACCUUGACUUUCUCCACGAGUACCGAGAGCCUACAUUUGGUAUCAUCUCAGCAAACAAAGCAGCCGCUGCUUCGCUGCUCUACGAGCGCCGCGAUGUCUUAACUUACACCGUCUUCACGCUGGAUCUGGAAGAGAAGGCAUCCACCGCCCUGCUCUCAGUCACUGGCCUUCCGUAUGAUACUUCCAAGGUGAUGCCGCUGCCUCUACCUGUUGGCGGCGCGCUCCUCCUUGGUGCAAACCAGUUCAUUCAUGUCGACCAAGCCGGGAAGACGAACGCGGUCGCUGUAAAUGAUUUUGCCAAGCAAUGUUCCUCUUUUCCCAUGGCCGACCAAUCAGACCUGGGUAUGAGGCUUGAAGGCGCCAGCGUAGAGCUUCUGUCUUCUGAGACUGGUGACUUACUCGUCAUUCUUCGAGACGGUAGCUUGGCGAUCAUCGAUUUCAAGCUCGACGGAAGGUCGGUCUCUGGAAUAUCCAUCCGGAGAGUAUCGGAAGAUAAGGGAGGCUCUGUCGUGGUGACAGCAGCUUCUUGCACGACGAGUUUAGGCCGCAACAGGAUGUUUAUUGGCAGCGAAGACGGAGACUCCGUCGUUCUCGGUUGGACCAAGAAGGCGACACAACUCUCCAAAAAACGAACUCACGCUGAGAUGCUCGCUGAUGAUGCGGAGUUGUCAUUCGAUGAAGAGGAUUUGGAGGAUGACGACGAUCUCUAUGGGGAUGGUCCUUCGACCGCAAAGGCUUCUGCAGCGUCGACAGACUCCAGUGAUCCCGGCAAUUACACUUUUAGGAUCCACGACAGCUUACUAAGUUUAGCACCAAUCAAGGAUAUGGCUUUGGCAAGCCACAAGGUAACAGACACUGCCAUGGGCGUUGUGGAGAAGACGAUAGACCAACUGGACCUGGUCGCAUCAACGGGACGUGGCAAGGCUGGAGCUCUCGCCGUCAUGAGACGGGAACUUGAUCCUGUCAUCAUGCGCAAAGGAGAAUUCUCCACUGCCCGAGCCGUCUGGUCGGUCCACGCCAAGAAGCCGGCACCCAAAGGAAUGGUGGCUGCCGGCCCGCAAGAUGCCGAAGCAAAACUUGCAGCGGAUGUGGACUAUGAUCAAUUUUUGAUCGUCUUGAGGUCAAACAGUGAGGGUGGCGAAGAGUCUGCUGUCUUCAACAUUACAGCCACUGGCUUCGAAGAAACCAGCAAAGGCGACUUUGAGCGUGAAGAUGCAGCCACCAUCAAUGUAGGCACCAUUGCUGGCGGAACAAGGAUAGUUCAGGUGUUGAAAGCGGAGAUCCGCAGCUAUGAUUCCGAACUUGGCCUUGACCAAAUCCUUCCCAUGGAAGAUGAGAACGGCUCGGAGCUCAGAAUCGUCAGUGCCAGCUUUGCAGACCCUUACAUCCUUGUUCUGCGCGAUGAUUCCAGCGUCAUCAUCUUGCAAGCGGAUGCAAAUGGCGAGAUGGAGGAGAUCGACCGGGGUGAUGCCCUGUUGUCCACCAAAUGGCUUUCGGGUUGCAUCCACCAAUCGCCAACCACGGGAGACAAAGCCUUGGCCUAUCUUCUCAGUGCCGAAGGUGGCCUGCACGUGUACGCGUUGCCGGAUCUAUCGAAGCCGGCCUACAUUGCCGCAAGCCUUGGCUUCCUUCCACCCAUGUUGACGGCAGACUUCACGCCUCGUCGGUCAUCUGCAAAAGCAGCAUUAAGUGAAAUCCUUGUAACAGAUCUUGGUGACUCAACGUCGAAAAGCCCACACCUUAUCGUACGCACUUCGUCCAAUGACCUAGUGAUCUACCAACCGUACCAUUUCCCCAUCCAUGAGACGGUGCAGCCCUUCAUCGAAAACCUGAGGUGGCUCAAGGUACCCCAGCCGCGACUCCCAGAAUUCAGUGAAGACCCUGCGCUGGAGUCUGAAGAGGUUGCGGAUGGCAGGGAGAGUAUUCUAACUCCACUUGUUAAUGUCGGGGGGUACAGCGCCGCCUUCAUGGCAGGGACGUCACCGAGUUUCAUCUUGAAGGAAUCUUCAAGCCUCCCACGAGUACUCAAGAUGAGGACCAAAUCGGUCAAAAAUCUGAGCAGCUUCCACACGGCCGAGUGCGAUCGUGGGUUUGCCUUCAUUGACACUGACGGAAACCUACGCGUGUGUCAACUUCCGCGUGGAUUCCGUUACGGUGAUGUUGGUUGGGCGGUGAAGAAGAUACCCAUGGGACAGGAUAUUCAAGCUAUGUGCUACCAUCCACCUAAGGAUGUCCUCGUUCUUGGUGUGGGCGAGAAAGAACCUUUCACACUGCCUGAAGAUGAGCAUCACCAUGAGUGGCUCGAAGAGAACAUCACAUUUAAACCAAUGGUCGAACACGGCAUGAUCAAGGUUCUUGAUGCGCAGACCAUGAAUGUAAUCGAUACGCACGAGCUCGAAGCAUUCGAGGUGGUCCUCACGAUCAAAGUACUUAAUCUCGAGGUCUCAGAGAACACGCAUGAGCGAAAGCAGCUGGUAGCCGUAGGUACGGGCUUUAUUCGCGGUGAAGAUUUGCCAUCACGUGGCUGCAUAUACGUGUUCGAAGUCAUCAACGUCGUCCCCGAGCCCGGCCACCCGGAGACCAACCGCAAGCUGAAGCUGAUCGCCAAGGAAGAGGUGAGGGGCUCAGUCACCGCCAUCACGGACGUCGGCAGUCAGGGCUUCUUGCUCAUGGCGCAAGGUCAGAAGUGCAUGGUGAGAGGCCUGAAAGAGGACGGGACGCUGCUGCCAGUCGCCUUCAUGGACAUGCAAUGUUACGUAACCGUCGCAAGAGAGCUCAAAGGAUCGGGGAUGCUGCUGAUGGGCGACGCCGCUAAGGGAGCCUGGUUCGUCGGGUACACGGAGGACCCAUACAAGAUGAUACUCUUCGGAAAGAGCAAAGCACAUAUGGAGGUCAUGGCCGCCGAAUUCCUGCCACACGACAAGCAGCUCUGCCUGAUGGUCGCGGAUGCGGACUGCAACCUGCACGUGCUACAGUACGACCCGGAGCACCCCAAGUCGCUGUCGGGCCAGCGGUUGCUGCACAAGUCGACCUUCCACACCGGCCACUUCACCACCACCAUGACACUGCUUCCCUCGUCCCUGCUCCCCACCACGGGUACCUCCAACCCUGACGAUCCAGACGACCUCGACUACAAUCCUGAAAACAACCCGGACGCCAUGGACCUUGAUCCAACAACCACUGCAAAGCCCCCACAACAACACAUCCUCCUCACCACCCUUUCCGGCAGCGUAGCUCUCCUCACGCCCGUGUCCGAGCAACAGUACCGCCGCCUCGGCGCGCUGCAGACGUUCCUGCUCGGCUCGCUUGAGCACUGGUGCGGCCUCAAUCCCCGCGCAUACCGCGCCGUCGAGAGCGAGGGGUUCGGCAGCCGUGGCGUCGUCGAUGGCGGGCUCUUGGCGCGUUGGAUGGAGCUGGGGAGCCAGCGCCAGGCCGAGGGUGCGGCAAAAGUAGGCGUCGAAGAAUGGGUGCUUAGAAGCGAUCUGGAGUUUAUUAGUGGGGCGGGCCUGGGAUAUUUGUAG